AUGCCAAAGCUUGAAGAGAUGAUGGUGAUUCAAAUAAGAACUGUUGAUCAUUUCUUUAGCUAUUUUUCCAAAGCCAUUGCCAAAGAGGGGGAAACAGAGUCUGGAGCUGCUCUUUCGAAUGCUGUUGCUGCUGCUGAACCUGCUGCUGUUCCAGCGACUCAAACUAAAGUUGAAGCUCAUCCUAAAGCUGAAGUUGAGGUUGCUGAUGAAAAUCCAACAUCCUGUGAAGCUCUUGUAGUUGAGGAUGUUGAUGUCGUCCGAGCUGGCGUUGAAGCUCAUGAUGAGGACCUUCCAAUCAUCUCUACAGCUAAUGCUGGUGAUAUGGAAGAUGAUGAUGAAGAUGAUGAAGAUGAUGAAGGUGAAGACAGUGAUUCUUCCGACCUUCCUAACGCUGGUGAAGAUCUGGGGAAUGACGAUGAUGAAUACGACGAUGAUCACGACUUCACCGUUCAAUACCAGAGACCUUCAGGAACUACGAAAUGCAUUGCUCUUAGUGAUUCUGCAUUCCAGGGGGAGCAAAGGGAGAAAGAGAAGGAGACUCAAGAGAAGAACCAGAACACCAAAUUUUGGCUAGAUGAUGAUAUAUAUGGUGAAGUGAUGGAUCGCAAGAUCAGAAAGGAAUUUUUACGUCGAAAGGAACUCGGAGAAGAAGUACCUGGCUACUUCAAUCUAAGCAACUUAGAUUAG